UUGUAUUCAACAUAAACUAAUUAAAUUCCAUGUAUAACAUUAGUGAAGUUGUUCAUUGACUUCCUAUAAUCUUUCUUCUUUUGCAACAAAAUAAACAUUAAGUAGUCCUUUUGUGCAAUACUUGUGAGAUGAUUCAAGGGGAAGCUCUUUGUUUUAGCAACGGAGAUGAUGCCGGAGGCAUGCACCAUGGUCAUCCUAGCAACUUGUACAAUGAUGUGGUAGAGACGAGCUUUAAUGCUAGUAUCGAGGGCAUACACCAUACACAGUCGAUUAGGUCCAUUCUUUUUUGCUUAUCAAUCUUGAAAGAGAAGAUCCACGAAGUUGAUUCAUUUGUGAGCAUUUUUCUUACCCAAGAAAACCAAUAUCAUGCUCAUAGUACAAUUAAUCACUUGACCUCUUCGAUGGCAUUUUCAAGCAUGGCUAACCUAAUACAAGAAAUCUGAACCACCUCAUUGAUGAUGCUCAGCUGCGAACGGAUGACCCUUGGACCAACACAUGUACAAACAGGUAACACUAACAACAAUAUCAAUAAUAGUACUAGUCAUGUACAUGUAGAUCAAGAGCCACAUACAAUGCAAAAGGCUAAUAAUGGCCAAUUUAGUGUAGACGAGGUUAUAGUUGAUAGCAAUAGUCAAGGAUUUUUGGAUGGAAUUAAGUUCAACAAUCACCAAGCAAUCAACAAGAAAACGUACCAAGAGUUAGAGGUGUCGAUGGAGGCUUAUGACUUGGUGGAGGUAGACGCGGCUGAUCUACUGGCAAAGUACACCCACUAUUGUCAAGUUUGUGGUAGAGGGUUCAAGCGAGAGGCAAACCUAAGGAUGCACAUGCGAGCUCAUGGGGACAAGUACAAGUCAAGCCUCAUGAGUGACCCCCUUAAGAAAAAGAACAGCGAAGAAAACAACACGACGACAAAACCUCCUAGGAAGUACUCGUGUCCACAAAAAGGAUGUAGGUGGAACAAGAACCAUGUCAAGUUUCAACCUCUAAAGUCGAUGGUGUGUGUACGAAAUCACUACAAGAGAAGCCAUUGCCCCAAGAUGUUUGUGUGUAAUAGGUGUAAUACUAAGGAAUUCUCGGUCCUUUCGGAUUUGAAGACGCAUGAGAAGCAUUGUGGAGAUGUCAAAUGGUAUUGUUCUUGUGGAACUACUUUCUCUAAGAAAGAUAAGCUCAUGGAUCAUGUUGCUUUGUUUGUUGGUCAUACGCCUUUGAUUUACCCAUUGAUUACGCUUUCGGAUAAUAGGUAAUGAAAUUGUUUUAAACCCUUUGUUUCUUUGUCUACUAUCUUUUGCAUGAAUGUGAAACCAAUUGCUUUUAUUCCCCCCUAACAAAUGAACUGUUUUAUUCUAGUUAAUCAAGGUUACCUUUUUUAUUUUAUUUUUUUCUUGGCAAUGGGUUUCUUUUCUAUUGAACAAUUUUAGUUUUAGUUUGGUUUCAGAUCAUUUGAAUUUGAUAUAGGUUUGUGGUAUAUAUGUUACAAAUCUUUACAACAAUGUAGCCAUUAAGGGCAGAGCUAGCCAGUGGCGGAUCCAGGAUUUAAAUAAUAGGUUGUCUCAUCCCAUCAUCGUCCACCGACCGCAUAAAAUAUCAAAAAAUAAUCAAAGCUUGAAUAAUGGACAAAAAAAAAUACAUAAAAAAGUUCAUUUCAUAAAGUAAUUCAAAUUCAUAUUACAACUAAAAAAGUACUAAUUUUAUUACAAUUGCUCUCGACGAGUUUUCAUAUUUUGAUAACGAUGUACAAUAUCAUCCAUGCUUGAAAUAAUGUGACAA